CCUCGAAACCGCGCCAGACACGGCUCUGUGCGGCGAGAGCUGCCAUAGCUGCCUGCCACUUGUUUCAGACACUGAUAACUCUUGCCUGCAGCGCCCGCAGUCAGUGUUGUGCGCUGGCACGUAGUCUCCACAUCACUCUGAGGAUGCGCAUCCUACUUUUUCUAGCCGCAGCCGCGGCCUUCCAGCAGCCGCCGACGCAGCACAGCUCACGCCUAAAUGCAGCCAAGGGCGACCUCGACGACGACCUCUCGCCCGAAGACAUGGCCAAGUUCGCCGCGCAAGCGCCGUCAGAGAACGAGCAGGCGGCGCUCUUCGCACAACUGAAAGAACAGUUCGCGGCCAUCGAAGGCAGUACUUAUGGAGGCGCCCGCGACGAGGACUACUUUGAGGAAGAAGAUAAGACGUUGGAGGCGGAACUAAGAAAAGCUGGUGGCCGCCUCUCGAAGCAAGAUCAGCGCGACGUCGAUCGCGCGGCCCUCGAGGCGACCUUUGAAAGAGCCAAGGAGGAUUUCAAGAGUACGGUGGAAAAGAUGAAGGAGGACGACCUGGCCGUCACAAAUAUCAAACGAGCGGAACUCGAAGAGGAGAUGGCCGCGGAGGCCAGAGCCUUCGAGACGCGCAUGGACGCUUUAGCGCGCGAGGCGGGCGUCGACCCGCGCGGUCCUUUACCGGAAUUUGAUGAGGACGUGAUUGUGACGCUGGACGACGUGCUGGCCGAGCCGGCGCCGGUGGCCAAUGUACCUGUAUCGAACGCCGUGCGCGUGUGUGGAGCGAAGGGCGGGGCGCUGCAGGAGUUAGUUGUGGACGAGCUCAAGAAGCUGGGUGUACAAGAGGUGUCCGUGGGCGACGCUAAACGUGGCAACACGGGCACGUUGGUAUUGGUGGACGCGGGCGAGGCCGAGGCGAAGCGCCUCGUGGAGACUGCGAGGCCCCGACGCGUCGUCGUCGCGUCGCGCCAGGGCGUCACGCGGUCCGGCGAGUUCGCGUUUUUGUUCCGCAAGGGCGCGCUCGACGGCGCGCGCGGCGUGGAGGGUGCUGCCAAAUUAGCCCUGCAGAAGAUUGGCGAAGGGGGUGAAAGUGUUGUGGUCCGCCUGGGCGAGGCCAAGGGCGCGUCUGGGAGUGCCGUCGUGGAGGUCGGCGACACGCUCGACGAGGCCACUUCUGUAGAUGUCGCGGCGGCGGCGUUGGCGCGGUGCUGCCUCGACGCGCGCGUGGCGAACGCGACUAUCGCAGUCAGCGGCGCCGACGCGUCAGUGGACUGGAGCGACUUGUUGCUAAAGGCGGACGGGCCCGAGUUGUUGAGGAGGCCCGCACGCGCGUCGGAGAACGAGGUCCUGAGCUGGGUUCGGGAGUGGGCCACACUAUGGACGAAAAAAGGCGACAACGCGCGGCGGCUCACGACGCCCGUCGACGUCGUGCCGACGCCAAACGGCGCCGAGCUCGUGUUUGUGGACAAGCGGGCUCCGAAACGAUCCAAGGCCGGCGGCGUCCGGCUCGUGGUCGAGGCUGUGGACGGGGUGCGCGUGCGCGCCGUCCGCGGCACGUACAGCGAGGGCAUCGCUGUCAAGGCCAUGUCCGAGGACCUGAUCCUGGCGCGGCUCGACGAGGACAUGGCGCGGACGUUCGGGUAACUUAAUUAAUCUAG